AUGUCUGCUCAUCGCCGACAGAUCUACUUCGACCCGGCAGCAGUGCGAAUCGUUGGAAACCGAGCUUGCCAAGGGUGCGCUGAAAUUCCACCAAAGCCUAGUUACCCCACUAUAGCCGACCUCCUCUUCACCCGCUUAACGAACUUGCCCGCGAGUUGUGAAUUGCCGGCCUUUAUGGAAAAUAUGAAGGGCUUUCAAAAGCGGCCAGAGAACAAUCAAUUAGUUACUCUUUAUGCCGCUACCGACGGGAAUCAUGAAAGAGCCGUUGCGUUCAUGGCAAAGGUGCUACAGAUAUCUGCGGAAAUUUACGUCCCUCGAUUCCUAGAUGGAGCCACCCACUAG